AUGCAAACUUUGUCACCGGAAGAUAGUGCAAGAAGGGUUGAGAUAAAGGCUAAUAUUGAGUAUUUAGCUUCUUUGGAGGAGAUUUCUUGGAGGCAGAAAUGGAAAGCUUUGUACUUAAAACAAGGGGAUAAUAAUACUAGAUUUUUUCAUAGGCUUGCUAAUUCUCAUAGACGUACAAAUACUAUGAGAGGUGUGGAGGUUGAGGGCAUUUUGUAUGAGGAUGAGUCUGCAAUUCAGGAUCAAGUGGUGGGUUUUUAUAAGGCCUUGUAUCAAGAGACCGAAUCUUGGAGGCCCACUAUUGAUGGUUUAGAGUUUGCAAAUCUGGAUGAAACCGAUCAAAUUGCUUUAGAAAGGGAGUUUGAGAAGGAGGAGAUCCUUGCAGCCCUACAGGAGGCAAAGGGUGAUAAGGCUCCCGAUCCAGAUGGCUUUACUAUGGCUUUCUUUCAAAAAUGCUGGUGUGUUCUUGAGAAGGAGAUUUUGGCUUUUUUUGCAGACUUCCACAAAGAAUGUAUCUUUGAAAAAUCACUCAAUGCCACCUUUCUGUGUUUGAUACCCAAGAAGCUUAGUGCAGUCAAUAUUAGAGAUUUCCGCCCAAUAAGCCUGAUACUUGACUCUGUUCUUAUUGCAAAUGAAUGCUUGGAUAGUAGAUUGAAGAGUGGUAUUCCUAGUGUGAUUAUUAAAUUGGAUGUUGAGAAAGCUUAUGAUCAUGUGAGUUGGAGUGCCUUAUUUUACCUUACCGAGAGGAUGGGUUUUGGGGAGAAGUGGGGGAGAUGGAUGAAGAUGUGUAUUUCUACUGCUCGUUUUUCAGUCCUUAUUAAUAGGCCUCCUGUUGGUUUCUUUAGCAGCUCUUGUGGUCUUCGCCAAGGGGAUCUUUUAUCUCCACUCCUAUUCUUAUUGGUAAUGGAGGUAUUGAGUAGGUUGUUGAAAAGGACAAAAGAUGGAGGCUUUAUCAGUGGUUUCCAAGCAAAUCCCAAUACACGUGGAGGUUUGCAUAUCUCUCACCUUUUGUUCGUUGAUGAUACUAUUCUCUUUUGUGAUGCAUCAAAGGAACAAUUAUUACAUAUUCAUAUGGUUCUAAUUUUCUUUGAAGCUAUCACAAGACUGAAAGUAAAUGUUGGCAAGAGUGAGAUUGUGUCAGUUGGUGAGGUUGGGAACUUGGAUGCUUUAGCUCAUAUCUUAUGUUGUAAGGUAGGCUGUUUACCCAUGUCUUAUUUGGGGAUGCCUUUGGGGGCACAUUAUAAGAAUUCCUCAAUUUGGAACCCUAUCAUUGAAAGGAUAGAAAAAAAGCUUGCAAGUUGGAAGCAGUUAUAUUUGUCAAAAGGAGGUAGACUUACUUUAUUGAAGAGUACUUUAUCAAGUCUCCCUACUUAUUAUUUAUCUUUGUUCACUAUUCCAAAACAUGUGGCGGACAGAUUAGAGAAAAUUCAGAGGGAUUUCCUUUGGGGGAGAUCUAAUGAGGUCUUUAAAUUCUCACUUGUUGCUUGGGAGAAAGUUGUGUGGUCAGUGGAGUCUGAUGGCUUGGGGAUCUGGAAAAUUGGGCUAUUUAACCAAGUUUUGCUUGGGAAGUGGCUCUGGCGAUUUGGGAAUGAGAUCACAAGUUUAUGGAGGCAAGUUAUAGCUUCCAAAUAUGGGGAGGCCAGUGGGGGAUGGUGUACUAGAGUUGUUAGAGGGACUCAUGGAUGUGGUAUGUGGAAGAGCAUUAGGAAGGGGGCUGAGAGUUUCUUUGGUCAUGUGUUGUAUGCGGCGGGAGAGGGUUUUCGUAUCAGAUUCUAG